GGUAUGAAUUCAAUUGAAGUUAUUGGUGUCUUGACGCACGCCUAGGGACGCGGUCGCUUCUAUCUUCAGCUGAGACAACUAUGUAUUGACAUGACCUGGACUUAGAUCUGCAUUCGCCAAUUUUUGUCCGUUGUUAGCAUCAAAUGAUAUCAACAAGGAGGUCGUGUUGUUUUGUGCAUCCCUAAUUUUUUGUGUCACAGAAGUGUUGCGAUACCAUGAUGCCGCGCGCAACUACUCCUAAGUCACCGACCGGCGCGGUGAAACCACUAACCGCCAGCGCAAGAACGAACACCCUUCGACAGCCGCGAACCAUUGUUGGUUUGCGGGACACGCUGGCCUUGGCGAAAGCCCGGGGGUAUCUGCUCUACUCGCUGAAUGCCGCGCUUCUCCGAGACCCCUACAGCAUUUUCCAAAAUUUGCGCCAGCGGGGCGUGGAGUUGAUCGAAGGGAAAAGACGGCUGUACUUCGAAUCCAACGGGGACGUAUCCUGAGUAAAAACAUCCCCACCCCAGAGUCAACAUGGGGAUUUUGCAACACAAACCUAGAACUUUUGGAGGUCACGCAUUACAAGUUGCGGUACGCAGUGUAGUGCAGGUUAGCAGGGAAAAACGCAUCACAAAUCCAUCUGCUCAUCCUGGUUACAGCAUUACAAAUGCCAAAACACCACUAGAAAUACCUCUCAUGAAGAUGCGCAUUACAAAUGUUUCUGUCAUUGCAAAUCUGCAUGACACGGCCAUGGUGUGUUUAGGGCCUUGACGCUAGUGUUUAGGUUUGCACACAACGUUAUCCCUACCCAGAUAGCAACAAAUGCUCACGCCGCAGCCGUCCCAGGAGCUUUUAUUUUGUUGUUGUCUCUCGGUAGUGAUCACUUUGUCCAAACUUAUUCUACCUAGAGUUUGUCGAGUAAGUGGCUACCGUUUUAAGGUUUAGAGAACGACAGGGACGCCCAGCCCUUAGCUUCCCAACAUGACACGGCCAUGGUACAAUGGGGGGGCAAAGUGUGUCGCAUUUGGUUUAGCAUGACAACUCUGGGGUGGGGACGUUUUUACAAAUGAUAAGACGUGGAUUUGAUUCUCGGCGACGUCGGUGCCGCCUCGGUGGAAGAAGAGCUAGAUAUCGUAAACGAAACUAUCCUGGCGCAACUGUACACCGAGACAAGCGUCGACGGCUUGCUGGACAAUCACUCCGAGUUCUUGCCCAAGUUGCACAAUUAUCAACCGCGCAUACAUAUUUGGUCUGGCUCGUGUGAUGAACAGUGAAUGCAGAUUUUUGCCUUGCAGAUUUGUACCAGUGCCUGCAAUGACUAGGAUGCAUGUCAUCACCGGUCUCGCGUGCGCUUAUUCUUGCUCCCGCGCCUGCAUGAUAUUAAACCCUCUCCGUGUAGCAAAAAGUGACUGGUGGCGGUUGCUUCUCAUGCAAUGCAGUCGACAUUUGGUUUUGUGUGGUAGUGCUAGCUGUCAUCCAUAGAAUGGUUUGCACCUCUCCACACCCAGAGCCAGACAUAUUUGCAAGAAUGCAUAACAAAGCGCGCGUCGUCGAGGCCAUCGUCGGUGAACUCGACCACAUUCUUCGAUCUCUUAUGCUGAUGACAUCUAAAAGUUUGUUUUCUUGUCUGUAUAAAACGCUCAGGUAAAAGUUUCUCAGGGUCAGCCCCCUGCGCCGAAAAGCAGCAUGUUGCCGUAACUGUACCAGUCGUUUAGUUGUAACUGUAAGUCCGCAUUUGCAUGACAUGUUGUACCAGCAUCUUCGUGCAGCUCAUCUUCGGGCCAAAAUAGAAGGUCAAGGCAGCAGGGGUGAAAAUUUCUAAAGCUUUGAUCCUGCGAUCUCUAUGAAAACAAACCUUAAAUUUGUUCCCCUCGGAUACGCGCAGAAGAUGUGAGAAGGCAGCGUGUGUACUCUAAACUGGGUGGCGAAAAGAUGGGCACCGGGAAUGGAGGUAAGCGUCUUCUAUUGUUCCUGUUGAUAAAUUUGAAUUCGAAUGCAGUUCGACGUGGCACCGCAACAGCUCUCUUCUAGCGAAGAUGAAGAUUCUAAAAUUGUUCAGUGGGUGUUAAUUCAUCACGCAAACUUUGCUGACGACCAGUAUCUGUUUCCGUAUAAUCGCUAUCGCAUCAUGCCAAAAAACAAACACAGUGCUUCUUUCCUCAUCCGACAUUAUCACGCCCCUGAACCUGCUGAACAGCGGUUUUCAGUUCAUCCCUUCAACCGACCCAUCAAGCAGCUCAACAACGGGUGGUCUUCUAUCAAAUGCAAAAAUGUCUGGGUCUGGAAGAUUGCCAGGUUUGUCAUGCAUAUUUUACAUGACUCAGGAUGUCUGUAAUGCAUGAUCUGGCAUCACAUAAUUUUAGAGGCCUUCCUGAUGCCUAUCCCGCAUGACAAACGCCCUCCCCGCGUAGCACAAACUGGGCUCCUAUUGCUGGUCACGCAAUACAGAUUUUUUUAGAGUCCAAAGUUAGCAUCACAAGUUCCAACCUUCCAGACCCAGACAUUUUUGCAUUUGAUAUCUUCCGUACUCUGACGAGCGGCUGAUGCACUACUUGCUGAUAUCAUAUGUAAAAACAUCCCCACCCCAGAGUUCUUGUCAUGCAAAUCUGCAUGCCAAAAAUAAAAAGUUUGUCAUGCGGAGCCCCAUGCGAAGCGUUUUCUAGUCGUGUUUUGUAACUUGUGAUGCUAUAAUCAGCACGAUGUGCUAGAUCUGUGAUGCUGGUGAACUACCUGCACAGGAUUACACUACGGGGCCAGACUUGUCAUGCGAAACAAGCAAAGCUCGUUGAUUUGUCUAGCAGAUUCCCCAUCUUGCCUCUGGUGUGGGGACGUUUUUACUCAGGAUAGCUGAGCGAGCUGGUCAAAACCGUGCUGCGGCUGGAAGUUGGCUACCGAAUUUCUAAUAUGAACUGCAAAAGUAUCGUACUCGUAUAAAUGCAUUACAAAUUUCCUCAGAAUGAGAGAUAAAAUUUGUAAUGCGGAUUUACCUCAAGAUAGAGAUUUGUAAUGCAUGAAUGCAAUACGAGUGCGAUACUUUUGCACAGGAUAUCCAGUGCGAAAAACGCGUCCUCGACUUCCUCCGUUCUUACACAGCAUGAUCAACCUGGUACUAAAAUAAACAUGGCAACAAGUUCCGCUGGCGCCGCGCUGGUGCGAAAGAUAUCCCACAGAAAAAAACUGGCAGGGCAUAUUUGUAAUGCAAAAAUAAAUACACAGAAAAAUCUGUCAUGGGCGGCCUCAUAGCAUGCCGUUUAGGAUACGCAAUACAGAUUUUCUUGUGUAUUUAUUUUUGCAUUACAAAUGUGACCUGCCAGCUUUUUUCUGUGGCAUAAAAGAUACAGCAUUCGAACAAGACGCUUCCCGCCGGGUAUUUGACGAACGCGGAUAAAAACCUGUCCGGCUAUCUAUAACUUGCUCAAACGUUACAAUCUGAAACGUUGCAAUAGAGUCUGGAAUUUGUGUUGCAUGAUGAGCAUGACAGACUCGCGCAGCGUUUCGCCUUUUGCAAUACAAAUUUUGCCAGAUGAUUGUAGUGGGGUUUGAGGCUCCGGCACUUGUCAUGCGCAAUCCUAUGAGAAUUGCAUAGAUCAUGCACUCUUGCAUCACAGAUUUCCAUAUUCUAUUGCAACGUUUGAGAUUGUGACGUUUGAGCGGGUCAUACUAUCUCCCGAUCUCCCAUCAGCGGCCUGGGAGUGCGCUGGCCAGGACGGGGAACAACACAAAAAAUUUGUUCACGACGAUAAAGACCUCGUCUUCAGCGUUCGCCAACAAUAAUAUUAGACCCUCCUCCUCGUCCAGCAGGCCGCCCAGAAUGUCAACUGGUCGCGCCGCUGUGGACAGCCAAACAAUAACCGCAAGGAAGCGCAUCGACCUGGAACUCUACGAGUGUUUGAUGAAGGGGUCGGUGUGGGAGUGUUUCCGGCGGAUCCACUUGCUCCGGCUCCCGGAAAUCCAUUCCACGCUGCAGCGAGCCCUGCCCCGGUUCAGCAAAAUUCGCCAAAUCGCCUUCAGCUGCCUGCUCCACGCACUGUGCGACUCGGUGGCCCUGCAGAACUACCGCGAGGAGGUCGCGAAAGUGAGCGCCGAGGCCAAGGCGCGGCCGAAACCGACCUUGGAUCCCGCGAACGUGGCGGAUCCGGCGAAGAACGCAUUGUACCAGAACGCGUUGGCGGAAAAAAAGCAGCAGGAUUUAGUGUUUCAAGAAGAAGAGGGCGGAGCGCAUUAUGCAUUGCAAAAGUACAAGUAUCGUUAUCGUAUGUAGUGAGGUCACGAACGUUCUAACCUAGCGAUCUUUUUGACAUGUCUUAUCCAAAACGACCGGCAGUUUCCAAGCGGCCGGAAGUGUUUUUGGGCAUAAAAAAUUUCCAUUUAUCAAGCGCCCGGGGCUUUGAUAGCAAACAAGCCCGGUCGAAAACUAUCGAUUCGCACUGGAUAAAACGACGCAGGGGAGCCGGCAAAAGGGGCGCCCUUCUGAGGCGCCCACCGCCUUAGUUUCUGGCGAUUUGGGGCGCCCAAAAAUGGGCGCCCAAAAAGCAGCGCUCCGAAAAAAACAGCGAAUCCGCAUGGUAUGGGCCUGAUUUUGCCCCACAUCCGGGCCCCGCACAAGACGCCUUCAAGAUCCGCCAUUUCAGAGGCGGACUGAAGGCCAGAAGAUGCGGCAUUUUGACAAAAAAAAACAAAAAAAACAAAGUCCGCCAAAAGCAAAAAGCCAAUCCGCAUGCUAUGGGCCCGAUUUGGGGCUCCCAGGAGGCCGACCCUGGCGCGGGCCCUGGCGGGGCCAUAGCAUGCGGGGAAGGCUUUUCGAUUCGAAACCAAAAGGAGGCCGCCUCUGGAUUGAGAUUUUUAGCGACCGCCGUGCCGUCGUGCAUAACAUUACCCACGAUGGCAUGGUGGGCAGAGAAGUUGCGUCCUUUUUUGGCGUGAAGACAAAAAGACCGCCAUGACCUCACUACCUCCGCGGACGCGGCUAUUAUUGGUAUGCGUACUUACUGGCUGUAGUUCAAAGUGCACCAGCAGAACUUUUACUAAUCUGGAAAACGCAGUUUGUCAUGCGGUAUCAGGUACCAGAUCAGUGCCGUGAGACUUGUCAUGCACAACUGCAAUGACUACGAGCGCGAUACUCUUGCAGUGGAUAUACGACAGAGCAAGACUACGACGUCGAGCGGGCGGCCUGAUGAUUUCCUUUUCCCGCCAGGUGACCACGCACGACGGAGGGGGAAAACGCUGGACAACAUAUUCAACGCAAAUCUAUCACAGCACACGCUCGAAAUCAAUGCAUCACAAGUUUCAUCGAUGUAGUCUCUAUUUCAUCACACUUGUAUGUACUUAAAUUACUUGUGAAACACAGAUCUGAAAAAUCUUGCAGCUCCUUCGUUGAUGCAAGUAGAAGAAUCAACGUCACGACCAUGCUCACGUUGCAACUGAAAACGGGUGUGUACUGCGGUAGUGAUUUCUCCGUCUGGAUACACCACAGAUCCGAAGUACAAGAUGAGAAGGAACGCCUUUGAAACGCCGGAGCCGACCUUUGAAACGGAUUUCCUCGGGAUCCAGCCGAUUCAGAUCACCAAAAUGUCGGUGAUGACGACGAUGGAAACCCAUCAGGAACUGGUGAAUCUCAUCGUGAACUGCUUUAUCGAGUGCAGCAAAGACGUGGGCGUCUGGUACUGCGCCAGCAACAAACAGCUGGUCGACUUCCGGAAGUCUCCGUUUCUGACGAAAUUGCAGAAGGGGAAAAUUAUUUCGCACAUGACUGUGGACCCGGACGGGGACGAGGCGGAUUUUGGGUACUUAUGAUAGAUGGAUUUUUCCGUAACUGUAUUGCGUUUUCGUAGCAUCGGUCAAAAGUUUGAGGUGCACACUGGAAUUUGUGUUGUGUGAAAAUAAAAGAUGAAAUAAGUCUGAUCAAAAACUACUCCCACUACCUCCAGCCUGAGCCGGUUUCUGCACCUGGAAGAGUGGUGUCCGCCCACGGACCGCAACACGGGAAAAGUGAACCGAAACAAGAACUCGUUUGCCUCUUCUUCCCACAAGCUCCAAGACAUGUUGCCUUCGAACCGAAAUCCGGAUUCGUUUUUCGCCAAGCCAGUGCAAAUAAAGCCGUCGCCUGUAAUAAAACCGCCACAAACCGAGCACCAGAGCAUUCGCGAAGCCGUAGAGGUUCUGCACGGCGUUUUGCCAGCAAACACCGACCCACUCGGGGAGGAACUGAUGCACGAGGAAAGAUCAAGUGCGGCCGUGAGUGGCUUCUUCAACGGAACAGUAUUGUCCACAGGCGGUGCAGGCGCAGCCUCCUCUGCAGGUCCAGGUGGAGGAACUGUAGGGAGGCAAGACGUCCGAGCGUUCGAUGCUGCAGUGUUGCGGUUCCAGAAUAUGGCUGCGUUUGCCGGCUCAAUCUGAAAACCUAAUGGCUAUUAGUACAAUUCAUCUGUGCAGAGCUGAUGUAAAAUGUUUCUAGAUGUUGUUGAGGAGGAUUACUUACACUACGGAUCAUUGUGAUCUUUCAGUAAUCGAAAUAUUGGCCAAGAAUCCAAAUUGAAAUUAGAGCGUGCGCGUGUAUUCCACGUCGUCGUCAUAUUUGGAUUCAAUGCGACGUCGGGAAUCAUGACACUCGUCGUCGUCGUUGUCAUCUGUUUCGCGAACUUUUUUUUCGAUCAGCAAGACUACUUCCGGAGUUUUUCGACACGACGGGAAAUAGUACCCUCCCGUCCAACAGCCAUCGUUAGUAAGGUGAGUAUGUUAAUGUUCCGCCAUAGUGUCGCGUCUGCAA